AUGGCGCGAUGUCCUUCAGCUGCGCGCAUCAUUAGCGCUCGCCAUGUCAUGGCUGGUGCUCGGUGUGCGGGGCCUUCUCACACCAGCAGCUUCCGACGCCGCACCGCUGCAGCUACGUGCAUACUCUGUCUUGACGAGCUAGCGAGCGUGAGCGGCUGCAGCCGGCAUCGGCACCUGGCACUCUGGCCCACACGUCUGCAGCUCCUGGCAGCUGCAACUGCGGCAGCUGGUGACGCACGGCUGCAGCUCCUGAUGCCAUCGUGCUUCAGCUCCUUACCCCCGGCAGCACCAGCAGCACCUGGUGGGCUACUCCAGCACCUGGCAGGCCGCAGCACCGUCCUGUAG